UAAGUGAUGUGACACACUGUGUAUCGAUCCAGUGUAACACUUGUUUACAAGUUGGGUAUAUAUAGGUCAAUAUAUAGUAUUAACUUGUAUAUCACUAGUGGUCACGGUUGAUAUUCUAUACUACAUACAGGUGAUAUAUAUAUACACAGUUCUCAAGACGGUAAGCUAGGUUGCAGGAAUGGAUAAAUCGAAAGAUCCCGACAGAAACAGAUGUGUGAAGAAUAAUAACAUCAAUGUUAAAACAACAGAUACGGUGAUAACAUGUUAUUCAAAUGGUGUUAAAACGGUCUCCAAUAUUCUAAAUGACCAAGUGUAUACGAAUGGUGAUUAUAAGGAAAUCAAAAUCCAGGAUGAAAGAGAUUCGUGUAAAAAGGAAGAAGAGGAACCCAGGAAGAAACGGGAUUCAGAAGUUGGACGAUUUGUAGAGUUAUUAAAGAAGAAACGUAUACAAAAGAAAUUGGUGUAUGUGAUAUCUCUAACGACUAUAGUUAUACUGGUUCACGGUCUCUUCUCUGUUCAAUGGUUAUUACCAUAUUAUUAUACCAUUACUACACCUAUUCUACUACUCAUCAGAAUUAUCAUAUAUUGGGGUUAUAAAUGGCAAUAUUUUUUGAUAGAUUUCUGUUACUAUGGAAACAUAAUGUGGUAUUCCUUUAUAUGGAUGGCACCACAUCAAGCUGAACUAUUUAUGGUAGUGUUUGCGUUCGCUAAUGGACCCAUGGUGUGGGCGAUGGUGUUAUUCAGGAAUUCUUUAGUUUUACACUGUAUCGAUAAAACUACCUCGGUUUAUAUCCAUCUAUUACCAGCUCUACUCUCUUUUGUAAUACGUUGGUAUCCACGGAAGUGUUCAAUAUACUGGUACAGUGAGUUUCUACCUGUCAUAUUAGAAUGGUCAAUGUUGUGGAUUAUAAUCAUUCCUGUAGCCUGUUCCCUUCUUCAUAGCAUGUUAUAUAUAAUUGUUAUAAGUAUAAUGAAACCGUCUGAUGAAUAUUUAACUAGUUAUCGAUACCUCACAGCUAAAACCACCAAAUUAGUUUUUAAAUCUGUCAACAUAUUUGGACCCAGAUGGCGAUUGUUAAUAUAUAAUAUAUUCAACUGGUUGUUUUGUUUGAUAUGCGUUACCAUGACAAUCAUAUGGUAUAACUAUUUUAUCGCUCACUCUGUCUUUCUUGGCGCCAUGUUUUUAAUCGUGUCUUACAAUGGCGCCAGUUUUUAUAUGGACGUGUUCAGUGUCCGAGCAGAAAUAUUUAAAUGAGAAACAAACCAACUAAAAAGUUAAAGUUUUAAAAAGAAUGACUCAUUGUUUGAAGUUGUUAUCAUGACAAAUGAGGAACAAGUUAACUGAAGACAAUAACACAAAAGGUUCAAGUUUUAAAAAUGUCAAUGACUUACUGAUGGGACCUGUUUUAAAGCAAUGUCUAACCGUACUGAUGGAAGCUUUUAAAAUCAAUGACUUACUGAUGGAAGUGGUUUAAAAUCAAUGACUUACUGUUGGAAGUUCUUUGGAAUCAAUGACUCAUUGAUAGAAACUGUUUAAACAACCACUUUCUGUUGGAAGUUGUUAAAAACCCCAAGAACUUACUAUUGAAAGUUGUUACCAUGACAGUGAAUCACGGAUACACCACGCACUGGUUUUAUCCAAAUCUUGUUUAUUAUACCACAGAUCGCCAGACUAACAAUGGCGGAUCCAGGUGGGAAGUCUCUAACACCCACCCCACCCACACUAAAUAACAGUAUAAAAAUUACAUUUAUUAGUAUGAUUCUAUGAAAUGUGAAAAUUUGAACUGUUUCCAUGGCGAUGUUGUUGAUGAUGAAAUUUGAACUGUUUGUGUGACGAUGUUGUUGAUGAUGAAAUUUGAUAAUUAUACGACACUCCGAUCUCGGAGUUGGACUUCAAACCUAAUACCCUGCUUCCGUCACUAACUUGGGGAGGGGGUAACCAUGGGAAACUAUCCCUUUAAUGUGCAAUAUAAUUAGCGUUUGUUUUUAAAUACCGUGUAAACCUGCUUUAAGCGGACCAUCUAAACCUGUUUUAAGCGGACCGCAUAAACCUCUUUUAAACGGACAGUGUAAACCUGAUAAAUAAACUGUUUAAAGGAGCUAUGGUUGAAUCAAACCUACCAGUCCAUAUGUAUUCUAAAGAAGUCAAUUGUUUGAAUUAAUUCCCUUAAAUCUCUAUGAUUUAGACCAUAAUAAACUGUUGAGUUAGUCUGUUUUGAUGGGGAGCCAAAAAUACAAUUCACAAAUCUUUUAUGACAAAUGUCUGAUUUGUAAAACAAAUAUUGAUUUUAGUAUACAAAUGUCGAAAUACGACAACAAAUGAAGAAAUAAGAAUUAAGGACUAUGGAUUAAGAAUUAAGAACAUUGAAAAAAGAGCUGUUUGGUCUUCCAUACAUUAAAAGUUGAAUAAUCAAGUUGAGUGUAAUUUAUCGUGGAUUUUUCUGUGAAGAAUAAGGUAUUGUCCGACAAGUGGACGAUCUGAUCUUAAAAUCAUUUGACGGAUAUACGUCCUAGGGACAAAAGCAUUUCAGAAUGUUCGGAAGCAGAUCAUGGAUGCAAGUGUUGGGUGUUCGAUUCCACGCUUGUACGUAAAGGAAUAAGGAUUGACUAGGUCGGAAACGGGCGGUUAUUGGGGUGUGGUUGGUUGGUAUGUUUAGCAAGUAUGUGUUUUUUGAUCCGAUUGUGGCUACGUCAACACCACCACCAUUAUGGAUUCGCUACUCUGUUAGCCCCUCUCUCCUCCAUUGUAGCUUCUCUACUCCGAUAGUACCCCUCUCAUCCAUUAUGGCUUCACUACGCUGAUAACCCCUCUCUCUCUCUCUCUUCCAUUGCGACUUCUCUACGCUGACAGCCCCUCUCCCCUCCAGAUGGCUACGCUACGCUGACGCCCCCUCUCUCUGCUCGCUACCCUGACAGACACCUCCCUCCACCAUUAUGGCUGCUCUACCCUGACAGCCCCUCUCCUCCAUGAUGGCUUCUGUACUUUAACAACCCCCCCCCCCUCCCAGAUGGAUUUCAUCACGACCAACCUGUUAUACGUUGUUCAGUCACUCGUACAAGUGAUCUAUUGAAAGAUAAAAUUUCAGUUAGUCUGGAAAUGACCAAUCUCGUGAUGAAUUUCUCCUUCCUCGCUCUAUGGUCAUCUACACCCUUCAAAGGAUCCGUUUGACAGAUUGAUCUCGAAUGUCCAGGACACGAAAAACACGAGAGAAGAUCGACCUUACAUAACCACGGUAAUAUAAAUAGGGAUAAGUUAAUGUGAAAAUGACCCAAGUAACCAGCAGUGUGAAAUCCCUGAUGACGUCCAGUCAAUGUACCAGACUGAAUUAUAUAUUUGAUAAUUAGGGGUUUAAUUCAUAUAAAUAUAUCAUCUAUUACUUAUGUAUCUGUCUUUACUAUAAAUAUUAUUGGAUAGGAAUCGAACCCGUGACACUAAGCAUGCCAGUGGAAUUAACCCGUCGAAAUAAGAACCGUAUUUAACCCUGUGAUGUAAUACCAAAAUCUACUAGAUACACAGCACACCUAUCUUAUGAUGUAAUAGAACAAUCUACAGGGCGUCCCUGGAUAAACUUAGCAACGCAUAUCUUGUGAUAUAAUAGAACAAAUUACAGGGCGUCCCUGGAUACACCUAGCGACACGUCUAUCUUGUAGAUUCUGUUUGAUUACAUACUAGAUGGUCAGAAUGGAUAUGAAAUGGGGUUUAACGUUCUACUGUUCUGCUGCGACUGGGCACAUGAGAGAGAGAAAUGGGGUUUAACGUUCACUCGAAACAAAGUAGGUCAUUUAGCAGUGGGAUGAACCGGAGAAAACCCACGAGGUUGGACAAACGCUGGGCUAAUGAAGAUGGUUUACAAUACAUCGGUUUAUCUGAGACGAACUGUAGCGAUUAUUUGUAUACGUGUGCAAUACGGGGGUAGCAGAAUUUUGUCUUGGCAGUGUUUUUUCCGCCUGUGCUUCUAAUUGAAACUGCCGGGGAUUAUUUUAUAUACACGCCCAAUGUGUACAUUGGAUCGGCGUCUGUGAUUAUACUUAGUUGUUCGGAUAGGAGGAAAAACAUGGUAUAAUGCUAUAAUUAGGACUUACUCCAUAAUACAGGGGCGAGUUAAGGGAUUUGAAAAGCGGGCUAAGGGCUCCAAUUCCAGAUGAAGUCCAGAUUUUUACGAUGAAUAUAUGAUAAGAAAAUAUGCCGUGCGCGAACAGAGAGAGGAAUCUGCCCCCCCCCCCACACACACCUCAGCCCUGCCCCCCCCACCUCUGUCCCCACAUCUGCCCUGCCCCCCACCUCUGCCCUGCCUCCCCCCCCGCACCUUUGCACAGAAGUCAUACAUCUUCAAUAUCAGAUAAAUUGACAAAAAUUAGCCCAGUUUGGUUUGGAUUAGUUAAUUAUGUAUUUAUAUAUGUAUUUAUUUUUCAGUGUACAAUAGAGUUUAUAAAGGU